GGACAGAAAACGCUGUUUAUGUCGAUGACAGUCUUGUUUUUGUUGCGUUUAGGUUACGAAAUUAAUGGAAGGCAGACGAAUCCUUGUUCUGCCAGUAUAAAUAGAUAGAUAUAAACAACAACACAAGUGUAAAUUACUAGUGAAUACCCCGAGAGCCAAACGAAAAAGCAAAAAUUUUUAUUAGCAAAGUUUAGGCAAAUAACACUUAAGACAACCAAUGCAACAACAACAACUACUGCCACAGGAAUAACAAGGACACGGACACGAAAUAGAAAGAGAGAGAGAGGGAGAGACGACACCAAGUCAAACACACACUUACACAUCCUCGCUGCAACUAUUUUGUUUUUGUCAUCCCCACCAGGAGAGACAAAAGGAGAGGGAGCGAGUGAGAGGAGCCAGUGCGAACGAGAGCAACGAUGGAUCGCUACGACAUGGAGGACGUCGUGGUGGCGCCCCCUGCCGAGUGCAGUUCGCCGCUCAAGGAGUGGCGCCUCAAGCGCCAGGCAGGCACACUAGACCGCUCUGAUAUCAUCGAGUUCUUAAAGCGCGAGUCGCCCAAGUAUUUCGAUUACCAGACGAGCGGUACGGAUACAGAUACCAAUGCGAUCACUCGCUGUCGUGGGACAAACUGCUUGGAGUGUGGGUGUAAUCACCACGAGCAUGGUUGGGGCCAAGGGCCUACGAACACGGAUAACUUGCGAGUUGGGGUGCUGUUCCAUUUGACCCAUGCGCAGGCGAACAUGGUGCCAGAGAUCAAGCGGCUUAGGUGCAGGAUGAGCCUGAUUUGCGGCUCCAUCAAGUGCAUGUUCAAAGAGUCGUUGGCCAAGGAGGAAAUCAUCGAUGUUGUGGUGGAAUUUAUGCUGGGCGACAAUCCAUCCUCCGCGUUGGAGAAGCUCCGCCUGGAGGGCAACACGGCCACCGUCUGCGGCAAGGUCUUCAAGAACGGGGAGCCCACCUACAGCUGCCGCGAGUGCGGCGUCGAUCCCACCUGCGUGCUUUGCGUCAACUGCUUCAAGCGCUCGGCGCAUCGCUUCCACAAAUACAAGAUGUCCACUUCCGGCGGCGGCGGUUGCUGCGACUGUGGAGACGACGAGGCCUGGAAGAAGGAUCACUACUGCGAGCUGCAUCUGGCAAAUCGCAAAAAUCCGCUGGAGAGCAAGAUCCUGACAGACGCGGUACUGGAACGGGUUGAGAUCUGCUUUGGGGCAAUCCUCGCCUUCUGCGUAAGUUACUUGGAGAUCGAGCCAAACGCCAGUCUGCAGUGCCUGGAUGGGAACGUGGAAGGUGGCCAAGUGGACGGAGCGCAGUAUUGCACUGUGCUCUAUAACGACGAGUCGCACACGUUCGACCAGGUCAUCCAGACGCUGACCAAGAUCGCCAAGUGCCGGCCAAAGGACGCCAUGGAAAUUGUGGCGGCGAUUGAUCGCGAGGGACGAGCGGUUGUCAAAUGCGAUACAUUUGAGGAGUGCAACAAACUAAAGGAAUCCAUCGAGAAUCAAAUGAUCCUGCCGACCGCCCUGCUGUCGACGGCGCGCAACAACCAGUCCCUGAGGACAUCGGUGCUGCACAUCGGGGCCGUGGCCUGUCAGCAGUUUGCCCUGCAGCUGCUCGGCUGGUUCCAGGAGUUCCUGGUGCGUCACUAUCUCUUCCGGAAAACGUUCUCCGAGCUGGUGCAGCGCAAACAGGAGGCCUUCUGCAUCCGGCAUAUCCUCGAGUACGACGUGAAGCUGUGGAAGACGGCGCGCACCUGCUGGCACCGCCUUCUCAUCUCUGGCAUGCUCAUGGAGUACGACAACAAGAUGGUCCUUGCCCAGGAGUUUUCGCGUCGCUACGCCACUAUUGUGGAGGACUUUAUCAGCGAUGACCACGAUCACGCCUUUUCGAUAGUCUCGCUCAGCGUUCAGCUGUUCACGGUGCCUAGCAUAGCCCAUCAUCUGAUCGCUCAUGAGGGCAUCUUUAACAAGCUGGUGCACACGUUCUACCACGUUGCCAUCGAGAAGUUUAUCCGUAACAAGACGCUGCACUUUAGCAAGAACAUCGCCAGCCUCACCUUCUUCAAGCGGGCUAACUACAUCCUCUACGAUCUGCGAUACCUGCUCAGCCUAAAGCCGGAGGUGAUGAGCAACGAUCUAAGGAGCGGUUUCCUAGAAGGCUGUCGGGUUUUGAUGCGCGUGCUAAACGUAAUGCAGGGCAUGGAGUCGAUAACCAGGCAGACGGGCCAACACAUGGACUACGAGCCGGAAUGGGAAUGCGCCUUCAACCUUCACAUCAAGCUGGCCACGACCAUCUCGCAGGUGAUUGAGUGGGCGUCCGGCGAUGUGAAGCUGCUGCGUAAGCUCUACAAGAUGACAUUGCGUGCGCUGGUGGGCAACAGUUUUAUAGUGGGUGGCGAGAGGACCGUGCAGCCGAAAAAAGUGGCUGGCCAUUUAGCAAACUGUCUAGUUUAUGAUGUAGCAGUGCAGCCGGUGUCCAUCCACCUGCCAUUGUCGCGUUUCUACGCCGGAAUUUAUCUGCACCUGGGUGCCCACGAUUUAACCUACGACGAGCUGCAGACGGAAACAGAUGCGUUAAGCAUUAAGCUGACGCCCAGGGAGAUCAUCGAACCGGUUUUGUGCACCCAAGCUAUGAUCGCCCAGGUGGCCGCUGGCAUGUGGCGCCGCAAUGGGUACACCCUGUUGCACCAACUCUACUUCUACCGAAAUGUGCGUUGCCGCGUGGAAAUGCUGGACAGGGACAUAGCCUGCCUGCAGAUAGGCGCCUCCCUUAUGGAGAGCAACGAGUUCCUGAUCCAUGUGUUGAAUAAGUUCAACAUGAUCCCCUGGUUACAGGAAACAUACUGGUCAAUGUUGUCGGAUAAUGAUAUGAACGAUGAAAUCCUGCGAGAAGCAUCAAUCUUUGACGAGUUCCUCGAACUACUGAUCGUGAUCAUUGGAGAACGUUGGAUGCCUGGCGUUUCGAUGGUGACCGAAGAGGAUCGCCUACGCAAGGAGAUCAUCCAGCUGUUGUGUAUCAAAUCCUACUCACACUCUGAGUUGAGUCGCGCCUUGCCGGAUGGCAAUAGCGGAAACAACGACAUCAUUUUCGAGGAUGUUAUCAACACGGUGGCCGUGUUCAAGAAGCCCGUUGGAGCCGACAGCAAGGGCGUGUACGAACUAAAGGAGCAUUUGCUUGUAGAGUUCAAUAUGUACUUCUAUCACUACACCAAAGAGGACAAGUCCAAGGCCGAGGAACAGCAGCGGGAGCGGCGCAAGGCCAAGAAGCAGCUUGUCUGCUGCCCGCCACCGAUGCUGCCGCAACUUACGCCAGCCUUUACAUCCAUGGCCAACAUCUUGCAGUGCCCUGUGUUCCUCAACAUUUGCACCUUGGUCAUGAACCGGGCAUUGAAUGUGCACAGUCGCUCUUUUACCGAAUCGCAUCUUCAAAAGGUCCUUCACUUGCUGGGCUUUGCCAUUCAGGAGGAGCUUAGCGAGCACUAUUCCUUCUUGAGCUUCUACGAGCGUUCCCAGCAGUACGGAAUUCUGGAGAAGUUGGAAGAACUCGCCCGCUGCCCGAGGUUGGAGGCUCAUUACGACUUUGUGCUGUGGACCAUCGAGCGCUACAAGCAGCUGCAGGCCAAGCAAGCGCCCAGUGAUGGUGGAGCAGGACCUAGUGGCUCGCAGCAAAGCGCCGGUGAGGAACUGCCACUCAGCUCCGAGGAGCAGGCGCGUAAGGAGAAGGAGAAUCGUGCUCGUUUGGCGGCUGAACGUCGGGCCCAGAUAAUGGCCCAGAUGCAAAAUGCCCAGAAGUCGUUCAUGAACAGCAAUGCAGAAAUGUUUGCGGCCACCGACAAGGAAACGCGCGAGGAGUCAGCAUCCACGGGUGCAAUGGAUUGGGCGGAUAUACCGUCCGAGGAGGAACAGGGAGCAGUGGCUCUUAAGCCGAACAUAGCCUGCUUGGGACCGAACCGCAAGCUUUAUCAGGGCAGCGACGAUACCUUUAAAUGCAUCCUAUGCUUCGAGAUCUGUGCCAUCAGUCGAUGCGGCCCGCCAUUGGUUAGCUCUGCCUUUGUCCAAACCUCGCGUGUGAUUUACACUACGCCAAACUUGCGUAGUAGUCAAAGCGCACUGCACAUGAGCUGCUGCGGCCAUGUGAUGCACUACAACUGCUGGCUGGAGUACUUCAGCAACGAGGAGUUCAAGGAGCUGCGUCGCCCGCACCGCAAUCGUGCGGUCCUAGGAAACCAGUCGGCCAACGUGGAGUUCCACUGCCCGUAUUGCCGAACCCUAAGUAACACCGUACUGCCGGUUACCGAAGCGUUGCCCGCUUUUUCGCCGGCUCCUACAUCGACCGAUAGCUAUUUGCCAUUGGAUAGUUUCGUGGAGAUCAUGAGCACACUGGCCAUCGAACUGGGUGCCAUGAAAGACGACGAAGUGGCCCAAUUUCCAAGUCUGUCCAACAUUCUGCGCAUGUCCGGCGUGGUCGGGGGCUUGGCUCAAUUCGAGCGGAGCGUGCAGCUAAUCAAGAAUCCUACUAGAUUGCAUGCCGACUUUAGCGAAUUGAUGCAAUUCCUAAACAAAACGCUCCUAACAAAUUUCAUGCAGAUUCAGAAGUCACAUUUUAAGGAUCAUCCACCCACUGAACCUAAUCCCGAAUGCCUCGAGUUGGUGUCCAUGCUGUGGGACACGUGCAGCUACACGCUGCAGGCGUUGGAAAUAUAUUUAUUCGUAGUCCAAAAGCCAUUGAAGUCCGAGCUGUCCAUGCGCCACCAGAGUUGUGCCCGGAACUUGGUGAGGGCUUGCUCAUUGCGUCCGUCGUUGCGUUUCGAAGCGGAGUUCUCCGCUAGACUCCUGGACACCGUCUUCAAUCAAAAUGGCACCAGUGUGCUCGAGUGGGACUGCUUCCGCGUGCUGGUGCCGUUCCAGUUUGGAGUGCUCAAUCUGAUGGUACCCGAAAAGGGUUAUAAAUCAAUCAUACCCAGCGGCAGCAUGUUCGACUUUUACAUCCUGCAGACUAUGUUCCUGGCCAAUCUAACCAAGGCGGUCCUCUGCUUUGAUGUGGAUAAGGAAACAGCCGAACGUGCGCCCAAUUCUGAACUGACACAAUUGGAUUAUGUGGAGCAGCUGCCGUCACGGAUUCGGGACAAUAUGGUGGCCUUUUAUCGCCGCUACAAUAUCCCAGCCAGAGUGCUGCAGAAGAAUAAACAGAAGCAGUUGGCGGAGGAAGACACGGAGGAGAAUCAGAGUCAUGAGCAGACAGUGGUGAUACCCUGUGAAUCACAUCAUUUGGCCCUUCUACUCGAAUACGUGCAGCAGCAGAUGAGCUCAUUUCUGCGCUGCUCCUGCCUCUUUUAUCGCUUCCUUACGGAUGUGGAGUUUCCAGACACGUUUCCCACAGAUCAUCCGGAUCGCUUUGAUCUGAUGUGCCAGUAUUUGGGCCUGGAUCCCAUGCUGGGCGUCUACUUUGACAUGGAGACGGUGUACGCCACCAUGAUGCACUCGUUUGCCUCGCAUCCGCACAUUGACCGCGACGUGGAGCAGCGUUGCCAGCCUGAGGCGCGUCGCUCCCUGCAGCUGGAACCAUGCCUGCGCCCGCUGCCGCGCUUGAAGGUACUGUGUGACGACUUUAGCGAUUUAAUCAACAGCGUAUCGGACAUCUUCUGUCCGAACAACGAGCGCGAGGCCAUGAAGACGCCAACGAUGUGCCUGAUAUGCGGCUCAAUCCUGUGUGGUCAAUCGUACUGCUGCCAGCCAGAGCUGGACAAGGUCUCGGUGGGCGCGUGCACUCAUCACGCCCACGCUUGUGGCGCCGAGGUGGGCAUCUUCCUGCGCAUUCGCGACUGUCAGGUUGUGUACCUGGGCCGCGGCAAAGGGUGCUUCAUUCCGCCGCCAUAUUUGGACGAGUACGGCGAAACUGAUAUGGGUUUGAGGCGCGGUAAUCCACUGAGACUUUGCCAGGCGGCUUACAGCAAGAUCUUCCUGCAGUGGCUGGGUCAUGGAUUGCACGAGGAGAUUGCCCGGCUGAACGACAACACAAAUGUGGCGGCGGCGCAGUGGCAUCACAUGUAGUCCUCCGCAGGCACCGAUAAGGGAGCAGAGGGCAGGCAUAAAAUAGGAAAUGGCGGCAGUCUAUGUGAUUAUUACAUACUAACAUUAGGAGAGCCUAUUUAUACGUCUAAGCAUUUUACUACUUGUCCGUUUUGGAGACGCGCUCACUCAUCCAGCGAGCCAACCACGCACCCAGCCAGCAUCCCCAUCUCACACAGUCAAGGACACCAGCCACGAACACGCCACCACCACACAAUCCUGUCCAGCGGCCCUGAAACCGGCAACUGAAACCAUUGUUUGAUUUUCUUCUUAUUAAUUAAUAUUAAUUGAUUACAAUAUUCUUAUUAUUUUUUUGAGCUAAUGUUAGAAAACUUGUUGAUAGUUUGAGUUUGAGCGGCCCAGCGCCCUCUAGUUAUAUAUAUGUAUGUAUAUAUAUGCAUAUUUAUAUAUAUAUAUAUAUGUUUAUAUAUAUAUAUGUAAUCAUAUGCAAAAAAUGUAACGACUAGGUUAAACUUUUGCCAGCACUUCAAAUGUCGCAGCAACUAAAGGAAGAAUAUUACAUUAAAAUAAAGGCAAAAAUUUAUACGUCCCGCUCUCUCCCCCUCUCACCCCUGCUCAUGCAGCCCCACUCCACUCGAUGUAUAUAUAGUCCCGAACUUUGAGUGCCGAUCCUAACCAGGUUGAGAUCAUAUUUUUGGCGUUUGUUGAGUUGUAUAUUUAGUUAGUGUAAAAAUAUUGAUACCGAUUAAGCGUACGUCCGAGAGUCGUAGUCGCACCGCAUCCCCUUCCUCCUUCCCUCCAUUAUCCCAAUUCCACCACACACCUCCCCAUCCGCCCAUCACCUACGCACACAGUGAAGCAUACACCUACAGUCGCCCUCUCUUUCAGCGCCCCGCCUUGACACCCAUCUCUCUCUAAUCCAAGGAACACAAUAAAAUUAGUCAAACCAUGUUUACUUGAUCAAUAUACUUAACACCCUGUAUGACUAUAUAUUUACAUAAUAACAAGCGUAUAUAUAUAUAUAUACUAUAGAUACAUAACACGCAUAUUUCUUUUUAUGUAUUGUACAACAAAAAACAAAAUCGACUAUGUAUGUGAAAUUCAACCGAAAAGAAAAAUAAUGUUCUUGAAAAACAUAAAUCUUAAGAAAAUGGAUAAUGAAACAGAAACAAAAAAAAAACAAGAAACAACAGAAAUAAAUGCAAAAUUUUAGUGAUAUUCAA